AUGGCGCCGGAGGAGAGCGCGGAGGCCGCGCGCCUGCUGCCGAGUUUCGAGCGCCGCUUCCUGGCAGCGCGCACACUGCGCUCUUUCCCCUGGCAGAGCCUAGAAGAGAAAUUAAGGGACUCAUCAGGUCCUGAGCUGCUGCUGAAUAUUUUGCAAAAGACUGUGAAACAUCCUCUGUGUGUGAAGCAUCCGCCGUCAGUGAAGUAUGCCCGGUGCUUUCUCUCGGAGCUCAUCAGAAAGCACGAGGCUGUCCACACGGAGCCUUUGGAUGAGCUGUACGAGGCGUUGGCAGAGGUCCUGAUGGCCGAGGAGCCCACCCAGUCCCACCGGAGCUAUCUGCUGCCUUCCGGAGACUCAGUCACACUCUCUGAGAGCACAGCCAUCAUUUCCCAUGGCACCACCGGCCUGGUCACGUGGGACGCCGCACUCUACCUUGCAGAAUGGGCCAUAGAAAACCCGGCUGCCUUUGCUCACAGGAUUGUCUUAGAGCUCGGCAGUGGAGCUGGCCUCACGGGCCUGGCCAUUUGCAAGACAUGCUGUCCCAGCACAUACAUCUUCAGCGACUGUCACACCUGUGUCCUUGAGCAGCUCCGAAGAAACAUCCUUCUCAAUGGCCUCUCAUUGGAACCAGAUACCACUGAUCCUGCAAGGCACCCAGAACAUAAUGCCUAUAACUCAGAGAGCCCCAGGGUGACGGUGGCCCAUUUGGACUGGGACGUUGUGACAGCCCCUGAGCUCGCUGCCUUCCAGCCAGACGUAAUCAUAGCAGCAGAUGUGCUGUAUUGCCCAGAAACUGUCCUCUCCCUGGUCAGAGUCCUACAGAGGCUCUCUGCUUGCCUGAAGAACCAGCAGGCUCCUGAGGCCUACAUUGCCUUCACCAUCCGCAACCCAGAGACCUGCCAGCUGUUCACGAGCGAGCUGGGCCGGGCUGGGAUCCCAUGGGAAGCAGUGCCUCAUCACAACCAGAAGCUGUUUCCCUACGAAGAGCACUCAGACAUGAAAAUUUUGAAAUUAAUGCUGUAGGUUUACAAACAUUUUUAAAGAUUAACAUGAAAAUUAAAUCACCAUCCUGGAAAGAAUUUUCAUGUGGCAAAGCUGAUAAAAUUUUCACUGGACUUAAAUGCUUGAAGAAUGUUAAAUUCAGAAUCAGGACUGCAAACUGUGUUCUAAUAAAAUAUAAACUACCUAAGU